AUGACUAUGAUGAGUCCUCAGCAGAUGCAGCAGCUUCUGUCCGCGGGUCAGCUCCAGGUUCUGCUCCAACAACAGCAGCACGCUAUCCUGCUCCAGCAGGCUGUAGUCCCCACCUGCUUUAAGGAGACUACCAUCAUCCCAGUGCCUAAGAAAAACAAGGUGACAUGCCCAAAUGACUAUCGCCCCACCUCGCUCACCUCGGUCAUCAUGAAAUGCUUUGAGAGGCUGGUCAUGGCCCACAUCAAGCUCUCUAGGCAGCAGCUAGUGUUCCAGCAGCUCCUCCAGCAGGAGCUGUUCAAAGUGCAGAGACCAGGCCUGGCCUCCCACACCUUGUUUCCAGCUGGCUUGAGUACUAUUGAGCUCCAGCAGAUAUGGAAGGAGCUAACCAACACCACAAUGGAAGAUAAAAGCACAAAGGCUAGCUGUCCAGACCGUGUCAUCACCACCACCAGCACUCCGUCCCCUACUGAACCCGUAACUACAGCCAAAGCAUCAAUGUCAAACACCCACAACUUCCCUACCAACGGCCAAUCUCUUAGUUCCAGCCCAAGAGAAGGCUUGCUGAAUGUGGAUCAAACAAUCACACACUCACUCUAUGGAUAUGGUGUGUGUAUUUGGCCAGGCUGUGAGACUGUUUGUGAAAACAUCAGCCAGUUUAUCAAGCACCUAAGUAUUGAGCACAUUCUGGAUGAAAGGAGCACAGCCCAGUGCAGAGUCCAGAUGCAGGUGGUGCAGCAGUUAGACCUCCAGCUCUCUAAAGAACGGGAGCGUCUCCAAGUUAUGAUGGCCCACUUACACCUGCCACCUUUGGAACCACAGUCCCCUUCCAAACCUUUGAGUUCUGGGUCCAGUGUCACCAUGUCCAAGAGCCUGCCACCACUGUCCCCUCAAGAUGACCCUCAGAUGUCCCCAACGGCCCCUGUCACUUCCCCAUCCUCACCCCGGGGGCCUGCAGGACUCUGCCCCACAAGUGUGGGGGCAAUGCGAAGACACCACUCAGACAAGCACACCUCUCUUUGCUCUCUGUCUUCAGAAUUUAGCCCAAAUCAUGAGAUGUACAGAAAUGCAGAUAUCAGGCCACCUUUUACCUAUGCUACUCUGAUAAGACAGGCUAUAAUGGAUGCAUCAGACAUGCAGUUAACACUUAAUGAGAUAUACAGCUGGUUUACACAGACCUUUGCCUACUUCAGACGCAAUGCUGCAGUGUGGAAGAAUGCAGUCCGCCACAACCUGAGCCUGCACAAGUGUUUUGUGCGUGUGGAAAAUGUGAAGGGGGCCGUGUGGACAGUGGACGAGGUGGAGUACCAGAGAAGGAGGUCUCAGAAGAUCACAAGAAGCCCAACGCUAGGGAAGAACCUUCUCUCCAGCCUUGCUUAUUGGACUGCUCUUAAUACCAGUUUACAAAUCUCCAGACACUCGGUGGGCUCGCAGCAGGACUCGAACAGGAUCUGGUGGCAGUGGGUGUGGCAGUGUAGGUCCUCACACGGGUGCCUCCUGGAGGGCGGCACAGCAGCGGGAACAGCAGCAGAAGCAGGAGGAGCAGAAGGUGUGGAAGCAGGAGGAGCAGGCCUCCAACAGGCCCAGGAUCAGUGUAGAGCACUGGCAGGACAGACAGGCCAGUACCAGGGGCAGGCAGCAGCGAGGUAG